AUGAAACAACCCAGUUUCGUAAGCCUUCAGUUUGUGUUACCGGGAGAUUACCCGAGAGGCUGGUGGACAGUGAGGGUUAAAGCGCUCCAACAGAUUGAGGAAAAAAAAAUACUAAUUGAGCGCUGGUUUACCAAUCGACUUGAUGUAAGCGUUUCGUUGCCGGCGUUCAUCUCCCAGAGCGAGUCCUACAUCGAGGGCACAGUCUAUGCAAAUCACACCAACUUAUUGCCAGUUAUGGGAAAUCUAACCAUAAGAGUGAUACUAAAGCCAGAAAAGAAAAACAUAAAUUGGCGGCAAUUGAACGGUGAUUACGAUAAUUAUGACUCGUUUACCGAAAACGAUAUCUUUGAGGACGUCCUCAAAAUCGAAACUAUCGAUCAGUUCAAUGGAGAGUAUAGUUUCAGAUACGAGUUGAGGGAUCUGUUCGCCUCCACUCUCUCGACGCCAUUCCUGAACAAAGAAAUCGUUAUUUUCGUUGAAGUCGGCGAACGAUUCUUUGAUCAGAUAGUGACCGGAUAUGCGAGGACUCGGAUUGUCAACUCGACUCUUAUACUAAGAUUUCUGGACAGUCAGCCCGCAGUUUUCAAACCUGGACUUCCUUUUGAGACAUAUAUUGCCAUUUCUUACAGCGAUUCCGUAGCCGUAUCUCCAGAUCUGUUGUCCAUUUCAGAGCUUUAUAUAACGCCUUCAUUUGCGCUCAACAGAGACACCGUUUUCGGUCCAAUGGAACCGUUGAGUAAGGAUUUAGUGGACAAUAGUUUGAAAAUAGAUCUCAAUGAGAAUGGUGUGGCCAAAAUCAGGCUCAAACCCCCGCCUAAUAUCGAUAGAUUUACUCUAAGCGCCCGGUUUAUCACCGACGGGAACGCCGCUCACACGGAACUGAAGGCCAUUUCAUUUUUCUCUUCAUCUAAUCGUAUGCUUUACAUCACAACCAGUACUGAAAGCGGGCAGUCAGGCGAAUACGGGGUGUUCCACGUCUACUCCAACUUCUAUAUGAAGGCAUUCAACUAUUUAGUCGUAUCCAAAGGAAAUAUAUUAGUCACCGCCGAAGAGUCAGUGUCGGGAAUGUUGAGAUCUGUCACCACAUUCUCGGUGUCGCUCUCACCGGAAAUGGCGCCCAAUUGUAAUGUCAUUGUAUAUCACAUCACAAGAGAUGGUGAGAUCAUCGCCGAUAGCGUUAGUCUUCCUAUAGAAGGCAUAAAUCGGGCAAAACUUAAGCUUAAAGUGAAUCUAAAUCAGGACCGAUCGGGAAAUAUAAUUGAGUUCAUCCCAUACCUGUCCAAAGCAUCAAUCAUUGGUUUCAACGCCAUUGACGCCGAUUUAGAGGAUAUUCAAGGAUUCAAUGAUAUCACAAAAGCAAAAGCAGAAAUUACAAUAAGAAAGUUUGAGACAAAAUACAAGAAAAAAGUGAUUUUGAAAACUAGAGAAGGCAUCGAUGAAAAGGCACUCUACUAUUUGACUCAUAAUAAUGCCAUGGAUUCUGGAUCCACAUUUGGAUUCAACACUUUGGUCGUGUUCACAAAUAUGAAGAUCUCGAUGGCAACAAAUAGAUGUAAUCCCAACUUAUACUACAACCAAACUCUUCAGAAUCAAUUUCAGACAUCGAGUCCAAUCAAUCCCCGAAUUGACUCAACGAUAGCAACCUUCUACUCAUUGAACUGUAUGUCUGGAAACCAAUGCUAUGAGAUUCACCAACAAUGCGAUGGAGUCCGCGAUUGUAGCGAUGGAAGUGAUGAACACUUCUGUGAAAUAGAGGACACAAACGGCACAAGACUUUCGGAUUUUAUAGUUUACAGAAAGAAUCGGAAUAAUUAUUUUUAUUUAGCAAAUGGUGACAACUUUGCCUGGACUGACACAUUCACCAGUUAUAAUCCCGACAAUUAUGUCGGUAAUAGUCACGGAGUUUCCGGGGAACAAAUAGGUGUAAGAGUGGCUGCAUUUAACUACCAGCCCUAUGAAAUAAGAGCAGACAUCAUAUUAGAGGAAUCACUGGAUUAUCGUUUCGUUGAAGUGGGACCUAUGGGUCGAGUGUCUUCGUACUCACCCAUAACCUCGGGUGGCGUUCAUCAGCACCUCAUUUAUAUAAAACCUUAUUCUUCAUUCUUAGUGCCCAUACCUGUAGUGCCCACAACCAGAGGCAAGAUUAAGAUCAUAAUCAUUGGUCGCACACAAGUCGCUAAAGAUAGAAAAGAAAUAGAAGUGGAAGUGCUGGCUGAUGGCGCACAAGUAUCACUCCACACAUCUAUGCUGUUAGAUCUGAGAGCCCAGUCAUAUAUUAUUAAAUUCUUGGAUAUGAAUGUCACAGAAGAUCCCAUAAUUCCAUACCAAGACAUAUACCGUCGAUAUAUGUUUGGUUCACCAAAAGCAUGGGUGACAGUGAUUGGAGAUGUGGUGGGAGUUCCCGCAAAACUUGAUCCCAGAAUUGAUUUCACAAACUUAGGCAUUAAAUAUACGGCAAAGUCGGGAGAGUUGAGACUUUUUGACUUUGCGUACCGUCUCUACACUCUUAUAUACUUAAGACUUACGAAUCAAUUAGAAGACAAUGACAAACAAGAGCUCUCUAAACAGCUAUUGGAGGCACUGAACAGGGAUUAUGUCCAUCAAAUGACUUUCUAUAAGGACGGCUCGUUUGCUAUGUUUGACAUGAGUUACACUCAGAGCUCGGUAUGGCUGACGGCCUACGCGGCCAGAGUUUACUUUGACGCCCAGUUUGACGACUGGAACCGACAAAUCUAUAUCGACCCCAAAGUCAUUCACACGUCCGUUGAAUACGUGCUGAACCGUCAGAUCGUGGAUCACAGCUAUUUUGACGGCUCUUUCUACGAAGACAUGUCGUUCCGGAACUGGUCGUCGCCCCGUCUGACGCCCGUCGCCCUCACAGCCCACGUAUUGAUAACAUUAGUCAAAGUGACGGACGUUUACGGAGAUCUAGGCGUCAGGAUCUCUAACGCUAAACAAUCUGCUAUCGGAUUCUUGGAGAGACAGCUAAUUGGGUUGUCAUCGCCUUAUGAAGUGGCCAUCGCUACCUAUGCCCUGAUGAUUGCUGGAAGUCCUGACGCCAAGAUUGGGUUCAAUCAGUUGGAAAUGAUGAAGAGAUCCACAGAAGGAAUGGUUUAUUGGUCUGCCGUUGAAAUUAAACCUCCGGGUCUCAUCUACCAAAGUCAACGGCCAUUCAUUCAGCCGCGUGUCCCGCAGUCAUACGAAUCACUCGCAGUUGAGGGGACUGCUUAUGCGUUAAUGAUUUACACGGGCUUUGGAGGUAUAAUACAGGACCAGAUUGUCAGGUGGUUGGCAUAUAUGAGACAAUACGACGAGGGGUUUGUCACCACAUUUGAUACGAUAGUUGCCGUCCAGGCGCUGACAGACUUCUCGUUCCGAACCCAUGUCCGGUCCAUAACUAAUAUGAGACUCGAAGUGGAGGCCUCGUCUAAUCCAGAGAUCAUAACACCGGUAGUGUUGUCUCAGAAUAAUCUGACGGAUCAGCAAAUCGUGAACAUUGAGCCCAAUGUGUGGGGAUUCGUGACCAUAACGGCCAAAGGCGCCGGUCUGGCCAUCGUUCAGUUGACCACUCAGUACAACGUCGACCACGACUUCCAAUUACUUCAGCCACCCGUCCAGGCGUUUGACAUCAGCGUUGACCUCAGGUUUUCGGGUCGAAACAAAUCGCGAAUAGCAGUCAAGUCUUGCGCCAAAUGGACGUUAACUCGGUUAAGGAAUACCAGCGGAAUAGCGGUCCUGGAGUUGACUCUACCGACCGGUUACUGGCAGAACAAGGCUGUCAUCGACCGCUACUUAGAGGGACGUACUGUUGCCCGACUAAGUCAGGCCAAAGUGAUGCCCCGGUCGGCCACUUUCGUCUUUGAUUACCUCGACAACAACUGGAGUUGUGUUGAGUUCUCAAUUGAGCGCUGGUUUCCGGUGGCGAACCUCACGCGUUGGCUAAAGGCGAGGAAUAUUUUAAAGAGGAAAUUGUGGACGACUUUGCUCUCUAUGCGCUACACAUCUGUGAAGUAA